AUGGCCGACUCCUUGAGCGACAUUUGUCGCCAAUGUGUGACAGUUUUGUCUGACGUUCCACCUAUCAUUCUACUGGUCACUUUUUCAGCUACUGCUCUUGGCUUGUUCGUUUUGUUCUAUCUCUCGUUAUUCCUUAUUGCACCAGUUCCUCGCGACGCCCUACCAGAGGAAAAGAAGUAUAGAACGCUUGCGAAAGAUGGAACAAUUACGAAGCCCGAGUGUCUCCCCUCCUGGUUGGAUACCCUACAGACAAAAAAGCGAACCAAUCCAACAGAGAAACAUGACAUCGAACAAGCAGAGCUGUUCAUGUCAGUUGUUGUCCCAGCCUACAACGAAGAAGAUAGACUCUCAGGCAUGCUUGAAGAAGCAGUCAACUACCUGGAGCAUAUGUACGGAACACUAGGAAGCGAAAGCCAACCUGAUGUCGUGGAAACACGAUCAAUACGGAAGCGGAAGCCGAAUGGGUCCUCUACGAACGGUCACGCCACGGGCUCGGGAUCGGACCGAGGGUGGGAAAUCAUCAUUGUCUCAGAUGGUUCAACAGACCACACUGAGGAAGUCGCGUUCCGAUUUGCGAAAGAUCACCAGUUAUCUUUGCAUCCACAAGGCAAUGCGGGACCCUGGACUCCCCAAGCGCAGGAAGGCGUGCAUAUUCCGCCCGGUACGAUUCGUUUUGUCACUUUGACACAUAAUCGCGGCAAGGGCGGCGCAGUUACGCAUGGCCUGCGACAUGUUCGGGGCAAGUAUGUUGUAUUUGCGGAUGCCGAUGGAGCGAGCAAGUUUGAAGAUCUCGGGAAGCUCGUUACCGCGUGCUCUGACAUUGAAGAUGCCGAUGGACGUGGAGUAGCCGUUGGGUCACGGGCGCAUAUGGUCGGUAGCGAAGCAGUCGUCAAACGAUCUAAACUGCGGAACUUCCUUAUGCACUCGUUCCACUUGAUCCUUUGGCUCAUGACUCCACCAAGAACUGCCACGGUGAAGGAUACACAGUGUGGAUUCAAACUGUUCUCGCGGGCAGCAUUGCCCUACAUCGUCCCGUACAUGCACUCCGAGGGCUGGAUCUUCGAUGUCGAGAUGCUCAUGUUGGCUGAAUUUGCUAACAUUCCCGUGGCCGAGGUACCAAUUGGAUGGAGAGAGGUCAAGGGAAGCAAAUUAAAUGUUUUGCGCGACAGCAUCGGCAUGGCCUGGGGCCUGGCGCUUCUUCGGGCAGCAUGGUCGCUUGGGGUUUAUAGACAGGACUAA